AUGGACUGCACGUCCCAAUCCCGUCCCCUUGGAGUCACGCGGCCCACACACGCUGCAACCAGCAGCGCCUCGCCUCCCGCUGCACUUGCUGCUCCACCCGACGCCUCCUCCACAGCCUCAACUUGUGACCAUUUAGACCACUGCAAUGGCAAGCGCAACGUCUACAAGUUUGGCGGCACGUCUCUAGGUCGUCCUACACGGUUUCGCGGUCUCAUUGACGUCGUGCGUAAAGAACGAGCGCGUGUUUUGGCGCUGGUCGUGUCUGCAAUAGGUCCCACGACCGAGUGGUUGCUCCGAGCUGUGGCGUUUGCAGCUACAGGCGAUGCCCCCGAAGCUCUGGACGUCGUGGACCAGUUGCAAGCUGAGAUACUCGCAAUUGCGAACAACACGCUGAGAGAGCUGCAGGUUGAUCCAGUGGACGACUUGAAGGCGUCGGUUGUCAACUCGUGGACGCCAUUGCGGGAGCUGCUGGUUGGCAUGAGCUUGUUGCAGGAGCAGACAGUAGCAGCGACGGAUACAGUGCUGUCGUUUGGCGAACGACUGAGUGCUGAGAUCAUUGCCAGGAUCUUGACGAAAGCUGGUGUCGAUACAUUUUACGUGGAUGCAAGGGAAUGGCUGCUGACCGACGACGCUCAUGGCAGUGCCAACGUCCUAUUCAACGAGUCCAAGGCGAAGCUGCUUGAGCAGAGUAAACGAUGGAAAUCUGAUGCACUGCCUGUGAUCACGGGCUCCAUCGGCUGCACGCAAAAAGGACGUACGACGACGCUAGGACGGAACGGAGCUGAUUACACGGCCACGCUCGUUGGUGCAGUGCUCAGUGCAGAUUACGUGGUAAUCCACACGGACAUUGCGGGUGUCAUGACUGCAGAUCCAAGCAUUGUGGACCGUGCAGUACCGCUGUCGCAUAUGAACCACUACGAAGCACUGGAACUUGCAGUCUAUGGCACGCGGAUGUUCCACGCCCGCAUGAUGGUGCCGCUGAUCAAGAGCGACGUGACGAUGUUCAUUCGCAACAUGAUGGACCCCAGCGGCCGUGGUACCUACAUUAGUGCGGCUGGCCGCACAGGUACACACGAGACGUGUACCACGUCAUUGGAGCAUCUCGCGACCAUCGAGGCUCGUACUCGCAUUUUGCAAGACGGGAGCAGCCGACACGAGAACAUUGGUGCCCGUGUGACCAAGGUGCUGGAGGCGCUUAAGAUUCCCGUGUGGCUGUCCAUUCGUGGUGCACAUGGACAAGCUAUUAGUGUGGUAGUGCCUGUGGAGAAGGAGUCACAAGCUUGUGCAGCUAUUAAUGCCGAGCUAAGUGCUGAGAUCGUGUCUCACGAGGUCGAUUCCGUGAACUCGGAGUCCCCGGUGACGAUGCUGUCUGUUGUAGCAGAGGACCUUUCUAAGGUGCCGAACCAUCGGGCGAACUUUUUUGGAUCUCUAGCUGACGCUGGUAUCGAAGUGUUGGCUAUCGGUCAAGGCACGAGCUCCCGUUCCUUAAGUUGUGUCGUUCGUGGUAUUGACACAAAGGUGGCCGUGCGUCGCGUGCACGAUGCUUUCAAUGUGGACUAUCUCGUUACGAACAUUGUGCUGUUGGGCUGUAACCAUAUUGCAUUGGACGUUGUCCGUCAACUUCAGAAGCAGCAGGAGCUGUAUCGCUCUCAGCACAAGGUACGCGUGAACAUCGUUGGGUUCAACUCCAACUGCUACGACUUUGUUUAUGAUCCCAAAGGAUUUGGAUAUGAAGAACUUGUCUCGCGCUUGGAAGACUCCAAAAGCAAGAAUGCCAUGAUAUCCGUGUCAUCCACGAGUGAGUCGAUGUUGUACGCUGGUGCUCCAUCGCUCGAGCAACUGAACCAGCUGCAGGAGUUGUCGAUCCCGAUUGUGCUCGACUGUUCCGGCCAGAGUAAUACACAAGGCCUGUAUUCAGCCUGCAUCGAUCGCGGCAUUCACAUUGUCACAUCCAACGCACGCUCAGUGUGUCGCCUUCCUUCUACUCCGUCGCGUGAGAGUGUUGCCGUUACCACUCGGACCAAGGCCGGUCGUGCGUUCUUCAUGUACACGUCUACGAUCGGCGCAAGUUUACCUAUCAUCGACACCCUUGGCAACAUCUUACGAACGGGUGACCGCAUACUUGGUAUUGACGCUUCUUUGAGCGGAUCCAUGAACUUUGUUGCGAACGAAGUAAUGAAAGGCAAGAAGCUCUCGGAAGCUGUUGGGGAGGUGCUUUGCAGAGGCUACUGCGAGCGUGACCCGCGUGAGGAUUUUACUGGUACGGACAUGGCUGCAAAAGUUGUAGUGCUGGCUCGUGCUCUCGGUGUGCACAUACACGCGAGGGAAGUUCGGGUGGAGCCGUUCAUUCCACAUAGCGUGCUUAGCACCAUCGCGUGGUCUCUCGACGUGGAUGUGGGCGACAUCGUCACUGGACUUGAGGCGUACGACGAGGAAUUCCGAAAGAAGUUCUACUUGCCAGCUGUAUCGGAGGGCAAACGUCUUCACUACGUUGCCUCGAUCGACUUGGCUGAAUUCCCAUCGAUCCGAGCCACGAUCCGGCCUCUGCUUGUCAGCGAAGCUCACCCAGUGUUUUACACCAAGGACAAUGAAAUCGCUUUUGGUGUCUCCUCCAUGCAGUACCCGAAUCCACUAGUUCUCAAGGGCUCCGGGACGGGUGCUUCCGCUAGUGCUACUGGCGUCCUCCGUGACGUCCUCACCAUUCUCCAUUCGCUCAGUGGAAAGAAUGUCUAUGUUUGA